AUGUUGGACCUCAAUGACUUCGUCACCGAGCGCGGUGGUAACCCCAAUAAGAUCAAGGAGAGCCAGCGCAGACGCCAUGCCCCGGAGGAGACGGUGGAUGAAGUGAUCGCGCUGUAUGAAGAGGCCCGCCAAGCACGAUAUGCCGUCACCCAAAUUGGCUCUGAGCUGAAUGCUCUCAUGAAGGAGAUCGGCAAGAAGAAGAAGAACAAGGAAGAUGCGAGCGACCUGCUUAGCCAGAAGGCAGACGCCGAUAAGAGAAAAAAACAGGCCGAGGAUGCGGCUCUUGCUAAGGAAACGGAGCGGGACCGUAAAAUCCGAACUAUCGGAAACUACGUUCACGACUCGGAUGAUAACCAGGUUAUCAAGACCUGGACUCCCUCCGAUGCCGUUAUGCAGCGGCCUGAUUGUCUCUCUCACCACGAGGUUUUGACUCGCCUGGAUGGCUAUGACCCCGAGCGUGGUGUGAAGAUUGUCGGUCACCGAGGAUAUUGCUUGACUGGCUACGGCCUUUUCCUCAACCUGGCCCUUGUUAACUAUGGUCUGGAGUUCCUCUUCAAGAAGGGGUACAAGCCUAACCAGCCUCCGCAAUUCAUGCUCAAGGAGCUCAUGGCCAAGACCGCGCAACUGGAACAGUUUGAUGAGGAACUGUAUAAGGUGACCGAGGGCGACGACAAAUCCACGGACAAGUACCUUAUUGCUACCUCGGAGCAACCUCUAUCUGCACUUCACAGCACCGAGUGGCUACAGGAGAGCGACCUGCCCAUCAAAUACGCCGGCUAUAGCACCUGUUACCGCAAAGAAGCUGGUGCCCACGGUAAAGAUGCAUGGGGAAUUUUCCGUGUUCACCAGUUUGAGAAGAUCGAACAGUUCGUGUUGACCAAGCCGGAGGACUCAUGGCAAGCAUUUGAGGAUAUGAUGGCCACCUCGGAGGAGUUCUACCAGUCUCUGGGACUCCCAUACCAGGUCAUGGCUAUCGUUUCCGGUGCAUUAAACAACGCAGCAGCCAAGAAGUACGACUUGGAGGCCUGGUUCCCCUUCCAGCAGGAGUACAAGGAACUUGUCUCAUGUUCCAACUGUCUUGACUACCAGUCCCGGGACCUAGAGAUCCGCCUUGGUGUCAAGAAGGCUACUGAUCUGAAGAAGACUUAUGUUCACGCGCUGAAUGCUACCUUGUGUGCCACUGAGCGGACACUCUGCUGCGUUCUCGAGAACUACCAGCGGGAAGACGGUAUUGAGGUCCCUGAAGUUCUGCGCAAGUACAUCCCUGGCAACCCAGAGUUCCUGCCAUACACCAAGGAACUUCCCAAGGACACAACCUCGCAGAAAUUGAAGGCCAAGCAAGCCAAGGGAGCUGAGGAUGCCGCGAAGAAGAUGCAGAACCUUAAGGUCUGA